AUGGUAUGGUGGUUGUGGAGAGUAGUUGCAGAAGAACGGGCCGUUGAUUUUGUGGAAGGAAAGGGGAAGGGCAAUAAUAUAUUGUUACAUGGUAAGAAAUCUGGUUUCUAA